GGGAGGAAGCGGAAGUUGGUGCUGGGGGCGGAAGCGGAAGUGCUUGCAGUGCGGAAUGGCGGCGGCCGUGUCGGCUCUGGGCGGUUUGGGGGAUGUCGGUGACGGGGGCUCCUCGGGCUCGGAGGACGAGGCGCAGCCCAGCGCGGCGGCGGCGGCGGCGGCGGCGGCGCAGAAGCGAGAAGAGCGGCUGCGGAAGUUCCGAGAGCUCCACUUGAAGCGGAAUGAGGCUCGCAAACUGAAUCACCAGGAAGUGGUGGAGGAAGACAAAAGGCUCAAGUUACCACCAAACUGGGAAGCCAAGAAAGCUCGACUGGAGUGGGAGUUGAAGGUAGAGGAAAAGAAGAAGGAAUGUGCAGCAAGAGGAGAAGACUACGAGCGAGUUAAACUGUUAGAGAUCAGUGCUGAAGAUGCAGAGAGAUGGGAAAGGAAAAAGAAGAGGAAAAAUCCAGAUCUAGGAUUCUCAGAUUAUGCAGCUGCUCAGCUGCGGCAGUACCAGAGGCUGACCAGGCAGAUCAAACCCGACCUGGAGCAGUAUGAGAAGCUGAAGGAGCAGUAUGGUGAAGCACUCUAUCCAACAUCUGACAGCCUCCUCCACGGAACUCACGUGCCAGAUAAGGAAGGGAUUGACAGAAUGGUUGCAGAUCUCGAAAAACAAAUUGAGAAACGUGAGAAGUACAGCCGGAGACGUCCUUACAAUGAUGAUGCAGAUAUUGACUACAUCAAUGAAAGAAAUGCCAAGUUCAACAAGAAGGCAGAGCGCUUCUACGGGAAGUACACAGCUGAGAUCAAACAGAACUUGGAGAGAGGAACAGCUGUCUGAACUGGGACAUCCAGCACAGAGCAUGCUGCAGCCCUCCUCUACCUGUUAAAGUUCAGUAUGAUUUAUCAAUUUUAAAUCUUACCAGAAAAAUAUUUGUAGGCCCCCAUGAAGCAAUUUGUGAGACCACCAGCAUGUUUCAUACAGUAGAUUUGCACAGUGUAUGCCUGCAGUUGUAUAUAAGCUUUACUUGCUAAGCAGCCAGCUCCUCCAGUGUCACGUUCUAAAUAAACUCUCACUCUGAUUUAAAA